UUGGAACUCAGUGUCGGAUCUGUCACUUGCACUGGGAGUUGUCAGACUGCUCAGUACUUGAGCAAAGUGAAAGCAAAGGAAAGACUGUGUGCUGUGCUCUCUGCCUCCCCCAAGAGUGCAGUACCCGGCUCUGUACGUGAAGGUAACAAAGUACUGCAACUUUUUAUAGGGGUGUGUGUACAUGUGUAUGUGUGUAUGUACAUGUAUCUGUGUGUGUGUCUGCAUGUACAUGUGUCUGUACAUGUGUGUAUCUGUACAUGUGUCCGCGUGCACGUACAGGUGUCUGUGUGCAUGUGUCUGUGUGUGUGU